AUGCUAAAGCAUUUAGGGGAAUUGUCUGUACUAACUCAGUCAACCGGGACUGGUACCAGUGCAGGUCAGGUAAGUCAGUCACCAAUCACUGAAUCACAACCAAAAUCAAGUUCAUCUGCAACUGAUCAAUCCAGUAGUGGUAGUGGAGAAAGUCAAGAAGGUCAAUCAACAACAUCCACUAAUCCAGUCACAUCUGGUAGUGGUAGUGGUACUGAGGGAACAGUAGUUCCAAAAUCAGUAGAACCUACCAAGGUUACUCUGGAUAUUAACUCCAGUCAGAGUACAAGUCAAUUUGACUAUACCAAGAGUGAUAAAAUUAACACUUUCAGAGUCAAGGAUGGCCAUGUGUUCAGUAAGGUAACUAAGGGAAGUACUGAUAUUUGGGAGUUUAAAGAUAAUGACUGUGGAACUAAGGUUAUAUUUAUUGAUGAGAAUAAGAAAUAUGUGUCAAUCCUACUUCAGAAUGGUGGAUUUAUAUUUUAUAUACUGUCAGAUGACGGUACUUGGAAAGACAUCACCUCUACCAGACAUGAUAUUGACAGACUGAAAUUCUUCGGUGACUCUGAUAAUCCUCUCACCAAGAAUGACUACGACGUUACUAUCGCAGAUUACUCGUAUAGAUUUACUUUCAAAGCCGGAGUCAACUGUAAGAAGAUCAAGUAUGCUGAUGACGAACUUUGGAAGCCUAGUGAUGAUCCCGAUUUUGCUGAGAUAACUGCGUUUGAUCUUGGUCUUGUAUCUAACAGUUUCUUUGUGAAGAAUAGAUCUAAAUUUAAGAAACUAGAUUUUAAUCCGACUCAAGCUAAGGGAGGUCAAUCAACAACACCAGUGUCUGAGGUAGUCACUGCCACUAGUGUUCAACAAACUUCAUUGACCAUCAUAUCUGAACCUGCUCCAGAAAAGGCUUCUGUUACAGUUCUGGCUCCUACUGGCAGACCUAGACCUAAGAAAACUCCUGAGGUGUCUACUGAUAAUAGAACAGCUAUUACACUCAACAUAGCUGAAAAGGCAAGUAAUAGCGCCAUUGACUUUAAAGAGGAUUAUCAGAAAAAUGUUAUGGUAUUUAGUUCUAAGGAGAAAUACGUAUUCAAUAAAAUCAUUAAGACUGGUGGCUCUGAGUGCUGUGACUCCAAGUGCUGUGACUCGGAGACGGUCAUUUGGGAGGCCAAUGAUCAAACUAAGUACUUUGAUAAAGUCUAUGUUGAUGGUCUCGGAACAUUUUCGAAAACUAAAAAUAUGAGUCUUCAUCUUUGUAACGGGAACUUUAUACACUUAAAUGGGUCUGACUCUGGACCCUGGAGUGAGUAUCCAGGUGUCAUAGAUCUUGAUGUAAGGAUUUCAAAAAGUAAUAUUAAAGUUGAUUACUUUCAGAAAGAUAACUAUAGGAUAUAUGUGGCUAAACCUGGAUACACAAUCAGAAAGGUUUUCAAGUCAAAGAAAUGUGGUUCAGAAUGUUGCUGUUCAGGGUUGGUUAUAUGGGAGGCACAAGGUGAACACGCACUUAAGGUAGUGUUGAUGGGCUCUAAGAAAGAACCAAAACACCUUGCAGUUCUUAUGAAUAAUGGUGAACUUACUCUCCUAUCCAAGAGUGGUAAGGGUCAGCCAUGGCAGGAUGUAACCUCUACAAAGAAUAAAAUUACUGAUCUAAAGAUGUAUGCUAUGGCUGAUAGUAAGACCGUGGAGCUUCACAAAGGACACUACUCCAUAACCUUGUUUAACGAAUUUUAUGGUUAUUUGUUCUACGAUGGAAUUGGUUGUGUGAAGGUUACCCAUAAGGGUAAGAAUAUUUGGGACCUGAGGGAGGAAGGUGACUUUGGUUGCCUGAAAGGAGUCUUCCUUGAUUUGAAAUCUAAUAAGUUUAACGUAAUGAAUGAUGAUGAUAGGUGCUGGGUAUGUGAAGAGGUCAGGAAGGUAAAUCCUGUCACCCUCGACAUCAGCAGUAAAGCCAGUACUGACGACUUUGAUUAUACGGUCGAUCAUAACAGAAAAAUUAACAUCUACACCUCCAAGGGUAACGCAAUGUUCUAUCAGGUCAUUAAGACGAGUAGUACCAAUUGCUGUGGCUCACGAUGUUGUGGUUCAGAGACUGUGAUCUGGGAGGCCAGUGAUCCUCAAAACUAUGCCAGCAAGGUUUUUGCAGAUGGUGUAGGUGCCUGUAGCAGUACCAAAAACGUUAGCAUAUACUUGUUGAACGGUGAAAUAUUACACUUUAAUGAGGGUGAUAAUGUGUGGCAGAAGUCUGAUGACAAAAUUAUCCUUGACGUCGAUAAGACCUCUAGUACCAUUGGUUAUGACUUUGUCCAUCAUGGUGAGACGAGGACAUUCACUGUAAAGCCUGGAUACCUAUUCAAAACUGUAAUGCUCAGUAGUUCGUUGACUUGGCUAGUGUGUGGUUCGAGUUGUUGUAAGUCAGCAUGUCUUUCAGAUCAUAUUUUUUGGGAGGCAGAAACUGAAGAGGAGUGUUCAACCAAGGUUACGGUCUAUGGUGUCAAAACAACUGUUACGAACAUUAACAUAUUCCUCAAAAAUAAUGAGGUUAAACACUUUCACAAAGCGGACGGGAAGUGGGUUUUAGAAACUAGCAUUGUUCUUGAUAUUGAGAGUAAUAAGGAUAAUGACCUAUUUGAAUAUAGAUCCACAAGAAACUUCGGUCACUUCAAUCCUAAGCCCAAUUUGACUAUCACCAAGAUCGUAAAGAAAUCCCUGGAGAUAUGGACUGCCAAACCAAAGGAUCAUGGACUCAAGGCAGUACUGAUGGGUUCUGGUAAGGAUGAGAAAUUCAUGUCCAUUCUGCUACAGAGUGGUAACUUUGUACUUCUUAGGAAGUGUGGUAAAGGUGAAUGCUGGGAAGACAUCACUCAGGAAAAGAGUGAUUUCUCAGAUAUCAAGAUGUAUUCCCUGGAAGAGGGUACAUCCAAGUAUCAUCUCCUGACUGGGAAUGAUUAUGAUCCAAUAAUAUUCGAGUCUAGAUAUGGAUAUGAAUUUAAAGAUUCUGUUAAGUGUGUGAAGAUCACAUACAAUGAUAAUCUACUGUGGUCACACACUGAUGAUCCUGAGUUUGGAUACCUGAAGGGUCUAUAUCUGGAUCUUCCUAAAGACCAGUUCAGUGUCACAAAUCUUAAAGAUCAGACAAAGCAACUUACCAAAGCUAGGAUUGUUCUUAAUAUUGAGAAGACUCAGAGUAGUAAUAGGUAUUUCUACUUAAAGGAUGAUGAUAUUCAUACAUACACGCCCAGAUCUGUAUAUGUAUUCAAAAAGAUAUCUGAUGGUACCACAUUGGUUUGGGAAUCUAAAACUGAUGUCUUAGGCAGAUUGGUAAUGUCUAAGAUUAAGGAUGGUGUUAAAUACCUAGCCAUAUUACUCACAAAUAAUAUGUUCAAACUAUUCAAACUGGAGGAUGGUAAGUGGACCGAAAUCACCGAUACCAGACACGAUGUUUCCAAACUUAAGUUCUUUGGAGAGAAUGAUACUGUGCUUACGUCCUCAGACUACAAGGUUUCGUUAGUCGAUCUAUCGUAUCAAUGCACAUUUAAAUCUGGAGGCAUCUGUAAGAAGAUCAUGUAUGAUGAUGACGAUCUUUGGAAACACACGGAUGAUCCUAAGUUUGAGUCAAUAGAGAAAUUUCAUCUAAAUCUUAUAUCAAACAAUUUAUUUGUUAAGAAUUACCCUGAGUUCAAAAAACUAGAUUAUAAACCGACUACUGUAACAUCUGCUGUAUCAGCUCCUCUAACAUCUGUUACCAAACCAGCUGAACCUACAGGCACUCCUGUUGCUGUUGACAUAUCCAAGACCAAGAGCACCAAACAGUUAGACUACUUUAAGGAUGGAGAUUGUGAAAAAUAUACUCCUAAGGAUGGCUUCAAGUUCAACAAGGUUACUAAGGGAGGUACCGUUAUUUGGGAAACGAAAGAUAAUGUCUUUAGUAAAUUAGUCAGGACUAAGACUAAGGAUGACGGAAAAUAUCUAGCAAUACUACUCACAAAUAAUACGUUCAAACUGUUCAAACAGGAGUCUGGUAAAGAUAAGCCUUGGGUGGAUAUAACAUCCGAUAGAGCCGAUGUUUCUAGACUUAGGUUCUUUGGAGAGAGUGACACAACUCUAAGUCAGUCCGAGUAUGAAGUUACAAUAGUCGAUUAUGCUUAUCAAUUCACUUUCAAUUCUGGAGUGAAGUGUAAGAAGAUAAAAUAUGCUGAUGAUGAUGUUUGGAAACACACGGAUGAUCCUAAGUUUGAGUCAAUCAUAAAUUUACAACUUGGUCUUAUUUCAAACAAUUUCUUUGUUAAGAAUUACCCUGAGUUCAAAAAACUAGAAAUCAAACAAACUACUGAAACGGCAGCUGUGAUAACUCCAGUGUCUGUCACCAAACCAGCAGAACCAACGAAGAUAACUCUGGAUAUAGAAAAAACUGAGACCACUAGUGAGUUUGAAUACACUGAUCAGAAUGGUGUCAUUACAUACGCUGCUAAGGAUAACCACCUGUUCGAUAAGGUAUCUCAAGGUACCAAGGUUGUUUGGGAAUCUAAAACUGAUGUCUGUGGUACUUUGGUCAGGACUAAGACUUCCAAGAGUGUUAAAUUCCUGGUUGUCUUAUUGACAAAUAAUAUGUUCACAUUAUUCCAUCUGGACGGUAAUGAGUGGAAGGAUAUCACUUCUGAUAGACAUGAUAUUACUAAUCUUAAGUUCCUUGGUGAGAACGAUGCUGAAAUUACGUCGUCUGACUACACAGUAACCAUAGUCGAUCUAUCCUAUACCUUCUUAUUCAACACUGGAGUCAGCUGUAAGAAGGUGAAGUAUGGUGAUGACGAAGUAUGGAAUCAUACUGACGAUACUAAGUUUGCUGAUAUAAAGUCAUUUUCACUAGGUCUUGCCUCAAAUAGUUUCUUCGUUAAGAACCAGUCUGAUGAAGUCAAGAAGAUAGAAGAGAAGGCUGAAGCUGAGGCUAAGGCUGCUGAAGCUAAGACUGAGGAACCUGAACCGACUUCAGUCACUGAGGCUCAAGAAGAUGAGGGUGAGGCUGAGACUAAGCCCGUCACUCCACCAGCUCCUACUCCUGAGACUACUCCAGCUGAACCUACAGUCACUGCCGUUGCCCUUGACAUUGAAAAGACUCAAAGUACAAGUGAGUUCGACUAUAGUGAUCAGAAUGGAAUUGUCACAUACAGUGUUAAGUCUGGACAUGGAUUCAAUAAGGUUACUAAGGGUACCAUUGUUAUUUGGGAAUCCACUGAUCUUUAUGGCACUUUGGUCAGGACCAAGGUAUUCAGUAAUAAUGAAAGAUUUUUGGCCAUUAUAUUUUAUAACAAUGCUUUCAAGUUGUUCCGUCAGUCAGAAGAGGAUAAGCGUUGGGAGGAUAUCACUGAGAAGAGACAUGAUGUCACCAAAUUGAAGUUCCUAAGUCAUAGUGAUCGUGAAUUUACGAAUGUUGACUUUACAGUUUCCUUUGUUGACUUCUUUUAUACUUAUAAGUUCAAUGAUGGAGUCAAAUGUAAGAAGAUCAUGCUGGGUGAAGGUGAGCUAUGGACUCAUGCCGAAGAUCCUGAGUUUUCGGAGAUAAAGUCACUUUCUCUAGAUCUUCCUAUAAAUAAGUUCUAUGUCACAAAUCUUAAAGAUAAGACAAAAGAACUUACCAUGCCUAAUAUUAUUAUUGACUCUCUUGACAUUAAAACUAGUCAGACCACAACUGGGUUUGACUACUCUAGGAUUUCUGAUUUCCAUAAAUGCACUCCUAAGUUUGGAUAUGUGUUUAGUAAGGUUGCUUAUGAUAACACUGUUAUCUGGGAAUCUAAGGAUAAUCUAUAUGGUACCCAAGUAAUGUUUAUUGAAGGUGUUAAAUAUCUAGCCAUCCUAAUGACUAAUAACGUGUUCAAACUGUUCGAACAUCACAAUGACAAGUGGCACGAAACAACCUCUAAAAGACAUGAUGUUACAAAGGUCAAGUUCUUUGGUGAUAAUGAUACUCCUUUAAGCUCGUCUGACUACAAUGUUUCCUUUGUGGACUUCUUUUAUAGAUUAAAGUUUAAUACUGGUGUCAAGUGUAGAAAGAUUAAGCUUGGAGAUGAAGAACUGUGGAAACAUACUGAUGAUCCUAAAUUUUCAGAAAUCAUAUUAUUUUCACUGGGUCUAGCUUCAAACAAUUUCUUCGUGAAGAGCAUGGCUGGCCACUGUAAGAAACUGCCUGAGCCUGCAGUGCCUACCAGUACCACUGAAGCUGAAGAAUCUACAGAUCCCGCCCAGCCUGCUCAACCUGCGGGACAGCCUGCAGAAUCCGCCGAGACUAGCACCUCUGCACAACCUGCAGAAUCCAAUCAGCCCGAAGAGCAUGACUCCUCCGAACAUUCUACCCCUCCUACUUCAAGUGCAUCAUCUUCCUGA